AUGAGUGUCUCUCAAGUGCUGCUCUAUCUGCUAACAGUGAUAGCCGCAGCAGCGGCAUGGCCUGACGGUGCUCCUUGUAUUCAUGCUGUUUUCGAAUCCAUGAAUCCACUAGAAGCAGUGGAGCAUCAGGGUGGAUUGCAGUUAACGGAUCCACCAUACAGAAUAGAUGUCCGAGAAAAAUGCUACUGGAUGAAUCAGCCUGUGGAACUAAGUUUGAAAGGAAAUACGAGUGCCGACCGUUUUCGUGGUUUUGUAAUUCAACCAAUUUCAUACAAAGGACCAAAACAGGGAAGGAGAAUUGGACAUUUUCUGCGCCUGGAUGACAAUGGAUCAUGGCAGCAGGAAUGUUUUCGUUUCAAAGAUUCCGUAACUCACUCACAUGACGAAAAAAAGAAAAACAUUAAGUUAUGGUGGAAGAACGAAUACAGCGACGAAGAUUAUGUCCAAUUCGUAGCGACUGUUGUGAAAGCGCAAAAAAUGUUUUGGGUCAAAGCGGUUAAGUCGGUACCAAUUCCGCCAUGUCGUUAUGAACGCAACGGUAUCCAGAACUAUUCACCAGAUCCAGUAACACCACCACCUCCGGUUCGUCCUUUUGUGGAAAGAAUUGGUUUCUAA